CGCACUAGGUUAAUGGUCAUAUACUUAAAGACUGGUUAAUGGUUCGAUCACAGUAGAUUAAGUGUUUAAAUAAUCCACUUAAAUCAAAAAUUGUUUCAUAAAACAUUACAAUUUUCUGUCUUGAUGGAUGCAUGUCCUCAUUGACAAAGUCAACAUGAAGAAAAACAGAGCCUCAGUUUUUCUUUUCCCCCCCUCUCCCUUGCUUAAAAACGAAAAGUGGAGAAGCAAAGACUACAAAUAUAAUUGCCAAAUCGGAUUUAUUACAAAAUUUGCUAUAUUCUCGCUUCGCCCAUAACCGUUAAUGCUCUCUGCAAUACCUUGAUUGGUUGCUAGAAACAGGGGACUUCACCUCUGUUCUCUCUCGUUACAUCCAUCAUCCCUGAAAAAAGAUGGAGGGCUGACAAAAAAUAGACAGAACCCAAAAAGAAAAACCAGAGAGAAUGAACAAUAACAAACAGCAAAACAGAAAACAAAGGAAACAGAAUUAAGGGAAGGGACUCCAUACGAGAAAAAAAAGAGGAGGAGAAGAAGAAGAAAAGGGAGAAGAUUGAUACCCAUCAACCCCUUUUCUCCCUUCUCUUCUCCCCUUCCCUUAUCUCCCUUUCUCCCACCAUUUCCAAAGAACAUAGAAGAUAAGAAAUCAAACAUUGAGAUCAACAAACAACAAUAAGCAGAAAAAAAUGGGACCAAGCAAGUUACGACGAGCCGUGGGAGCGGUGAAGGAUCAGGCGAGCAUAAGCCUAGCCAAGGUGAACAACAGCAGCUCCUUAUCUGACCUGGAGGUCGCGAUCGUGAAGGCGACUCGCCACGAGGAGUACCCCGCCGAGGAGCGACACAUCAGGGAGAUCCUGAGCCUGACAUCGUACUCGCGCUCCUACAUUAGCGCAUGCGUCAGCACGCUGUCGAGGCGGCUGAACAAGACCAAGAACUGGACGGUUGCCCUGAAGACGCUGAUGCUGAUCCAGCGACUUCUCAAUGAAGGGGAUCCGGCUUACGAGCAGGAGAUCUUCUUCGCCACGCGGAGGGGGACGCGCAUCCUCAACCUGUCAGACUUCGUGGACUCGAGGUCGGAGUCGUGGGACUACUCUGCGUUCGUGAGGACGUACGCCCUCUACCUGGACGAGAAGCUCGAGUUCAGGAUGGUUGGGAGGCGCGGCAAGAGGAGCGCAUUCGCGUUGGAGGAGGACGAGGAGGAGGAGGAGGAACGCGGCGGAGGCAGCAGCCACGGCAGAGGAAGAAGACGCCGUGGUGGUAGUGCAGGUGGAAGCAGCUCUGGUGUCAAAGCCACGCCGCUUCGUGAAACUAAGAAUGAGAAACUGUUCUCUAGAGUUCAGCAUUUGCUGCAUUUGAUGGAGCGCUUCCUCGCUUGUCGCCCUACAGGUAAUGCAAGGCACGACAAGGUUGUCCUGGUGGCUCUGUACCCGGUCGUAAAGGAGAGCUUCAAUCUGUACUACGACAUCACGGAGAUUCUGGCAGUGUUGAUCGACCGUUUCAUGGACUUGGAUCUCCCGGAGGCCGUGAAGAUCUACGAGAUCUUCUGCCGCGUUGCCAAGCAGUUCGACGAGCUCGACUCAUUCUACGGCUGGUGCAAGACGGUGGCCAUUUGUCGAACCUCCGAGUACCCUGAAAUUGAGCGCAUCUCGCACAAGAAGCUGGAGCUCAUGGACGAGUUCCUCCGUGACAAAUCCGUCCUGUCACAGACGAGAAGAAGUGCUGAUGCUGAGUCGAACGAGGAUAACAACGAGGAGUUCAAGGAUGCUCAGGAGGCGAGCGAGGAAGACAUGAAUGCCAUCAAGGCUUUACCUGCUCCGGAGGAAAGUUACGCUGCCCCUGUGGUGGAAGAGGUGAAGGAUGAAGAAGAGGUGAAGCCGGAGGUCCUUGUCCAACAAGAGGCUGAUCUGUUGAAUCUAGGGCAAGAUGCAAUGUCGAGUGAGGAUCAUGCGAAUCAGCUAGCUUUAGCAUUGUUCGAUGGGGCUCCCCAGGUUGCAGCCAACUUCACGACUCCUGCCCUGACGUGGGAAGCAUUCAACGAUGACUCGGACUGGGAAACUGCUCUGGUUCAAUCAGCAAGCAGUUUAGCUAUUCAGAAGCCUGCACUGCCAGGAGGCUUCGACAUGUCGUUGCUCGACGGGAUGUAUCAGCAAGGAGCAACUACGUCAGCAAUGUCUGGUGUGGCUGGUUAUGGUGCAGUAAGUGGGAGUGCUAGCAGUGUUGCACUUGGCUCAGCUGGAAGGCCUGCAAUGCUAGCUUUGCCUGCUCCUCCGACGUCAUCAACGAUGAACACCUCCGGUGGGUUUUCAGACCCGUUUGCAGCCUCAAUUGCAGUGCCACCACCGCACUAUGUGCAGAUGUCGGAGAUGGAGAAGAAGCAGCAUCUGCUGAUGGAGGAGCAACUGAUGUGGCAACAAUAUGCAGCAAAUGGUAUGCAAGGACACGUUGGGUAUGGAACAGUACAACAUAACACAUACAACAUGGGGGGAUACACACAUGGUUACUAAUCUUAACCAGUUUGUUUGAAUAGGU